CCUCAACGCCGGCUGGAGCGCAGCGCAGCGCAGUGAGGCGCGCACGGCGGGAGCGGCCCGCGCGUGGACUGGCCUGGCGGCUAGACCGGCGCCCCUGCUGCCCCGCUCGCCCCCCCACCGCCCUCAAUGAGCGCAGCCCCACGCGGCCCGGGUCCGUAGGCGGCGGGGCGCCCCCCAUGCUGCUGCAGCCCGCGCCGUGCGCCCCGAGCGCGGGCUUCUCGCGGCCCCCGGCCGCCCCCGGCGCCAUGCACGGCUCGCAGAAGGACACCACGUUCACCAAGAUUUUCGUGGGCGGCCUGCCCUACCAUACCACCGACGCCUCGCUCAGGAAGUACUUCGAGGGCUUCGGGGACAUCGAGGAGGCCGUGGUCAUCACCGACCGCCAGACGGGCAAGUCUCGCGGAUACGGCUUCGUGACCAUGGCCGACCGGGCAGCCGCAGAGAGGGCUUGCAAAGACCCUAACCCCAACAUCGAUGGUCGCAAGGCAAACGUGAACUUGGCCUAUCUGGGUGCCAAGCCGCGCAGCCUCCAGACGGGCUUUGCCAUCAGCGUGCAGCAGGUGCCCCCUACUUUGAUCCAGCGGACUUACGGAAAUCUGAAGCAGAAGGUGCAGUGUUUAAAUGAGCGCUCCGGUCGUCAGAAGCAGGCUCCUUCUAACUUCCAAUGGCACUGUUUCAGCACAUGGCUUACUUUCUCAAGACAUCACGUGAAACAAGGUGGCUGCCAGAAAUCCAGCCAUCACCUCAGACUUCUAGACAGAAAGAAGAAGGAGGAAAGUGAAAGGAAUACCUCAAGCUGGGAGUUCCCAAGGAGGUUUCACAGAAAUUGCACAUUGCUCUUCCAUCUCACUGACCAGAACUUAGUCACAUGGCCACACUCAACCAUGAGAGGCGAGUGGGUAAAACAGAUGUUUAGCUGGAUAUUUACCUGGAAUACAGAAAGCCUUUUGUUACUAGGGAGGAAGGUGGGACUGUCCAUCAUGCAGUUUCUGUCUUAGACUCUCCUGGCAGGUAACUGUGAGUCCAGUACGCUAACAUCCUACUCACAGGGGCUUUGGGCGCACUGUUACUGACUCAGUCCCUCUCCCGACCUUCACACCAGCCAGGUGAGCUGGGGCUGUCAUCGGAGAGUGUGCACAGAACUUGCCCAGGGUCACCCGGCUCCCCAGGGGCAGUUCUGAGAUGGCAGCUGAAGUUUCUGCCUCAUCGUGUUGCUCAGGUAUGGUGAGCAGUCAUCAUGGGGCAUCUGAACCUUGUGUAGGACUUGCGGCCCAAGGUGCUUUCACAUUUAGGGUCCUUGAGUGGGGUGCUGCCGUGGGUAGACCACGUGGUGUUCGCCCGUGUGCUGGCUCUGUUCCUCCUGGUCAGAACCCUCCCACAAGGUGUGGGUUAAUAGUCCCAUUUUACAGAGGAGAAGACUGAGACUCAGAGGGGCUACAUGGUUGGUCCAGGCUUGGGUUUGUCUGUGAUGUUGGCCUCUGGCUCUGUGGCCCCCCGGGAGCUCGAGGUGGAAUGUCUUGGCCAGGGCUCCCUCACCACCCUGCCCACAAGCCUCCUCCAGGCAGGCAGACCCCACUAGGCCAACAUGUUGCAGUGCAAAGUUACCUCUGGCUCUGGCUUUCCUCGUCACUGCCUGUCCCUAGGCAGUAACUGGGUCAUGAUCACCUGCACACAGUGUGAUCACCACGGUCCCCUCCCCAGACCACCACUAGGAUGAAAGAGGGUGACUUAGGUAAAGUGCUCAGUGCUGUGGGCAGACGCCCAGCUCCUGAAGCCUCAGCCCCGUGCCCGUGGGAAAGCUGAGCAAGCAGUGGAGGGUGGAGGUGAGAAAACCACCCCAAUUCCUGUGAAAGCCGCCCUCUGCCUCUAGGGGUCCCGCCUGUGGAUGAAAGACCCCAUGUUUCCAUCAAAUGAGGCACACCCUCCCCCGCAUUACCCUCAGCUCUGGAACUUAAGGCUCUCCCCAGGGUCAUGACAACCGACCAUCACUGAACUUAAGGCUCUCCCCAGGGUCAUGACAACCGACUGUCACUGAACUUAAGGCUGUCCCCAGUGUCAUGACAACCGACUGUCACGGAACUUAAGGCUGUCCCCAGUGUCAUGACAACCGACUGUCACUGAACUUAAGGCUGUCCCCAGGGUCAUGACAACCGACUGUCACUGAACACUUCUGAUGGCUUUCCAUAGUCUAUACCUAUUCUCUCCCUGAAUCCUUUUGGCAACCCACAGGGGGUUGACUGUGCCCAGCUCACAGGCAGGAAAACCAAGGCUGGGAGAGUCAGCUGCCUGCCCGUGGCUAGAGAGCUCGUGUGGCUGCCAGGAUUUGGAUACAAGAAUCCAGAAUCUGGAGGACACACACCACCCUGCCCCAAGGGCUGGGCGCUGGCCUCCCCCACCCGUGCCCCAUUCUCUCCUUCCUCACUCUCUACCCCGCUGGUCCCUGCCUAGAGAGCUGAGUCACACUUGUGCUUGUCCCCAAGAUGUAAACACCAAACCCGGAGCCCCCUGGGAUUGGGGGCUGUCCAAAUACAGGGCAGCUGCCCAGCGUGCCCUGGGGCUGGGUGUCUGCACGGGGCAUGGGCCACGGCGUGGGGUGGGCACCUGGCCCUCCAGAUACCACCUGGGCCUCCUGCUGGGGCCGAUAAGUGUCCGGCUGUGCUUAUCAGCCCUGCUCCACUGUCUGCUCACCUCAAGCCUUGUGUACACAGCAGCCUGGAGAUCAAGGAUGAGGCAACUCCAUCCCCCACCCCAAGCCCCGAACACCAGCCAACUAAGCUGGCUACGUUAGAGACAGCUCGAGAGUUCAAGGUGCCUCCUGCUCACUCCCCUGGGCCCCAUGAUGGAGACACUUGUAGAUGAAUUAAAAAUGAAGGUCUUUUAUUUCUAAAUGAUAACAUUAGCAAGGUUGGGGGAAAAUUCCAAAAUAAAGGGAAUUUAUUCAAAUAAUUUCCAUAUGUAUGUAAUAAACAAGAGGAAGGAACUAGUGUGAAAGUGUUAUAGUCACUCAGGCGUGUCCGACUGUUUGCGACCCCAUGGACUGUAGCCUGCCAGGCUCCUCUGUCCAUGGAAUUCUCCAGGCAAAAAUACCUGAGUGGGUAUCCAUUCCU